AUGCCUGCCAAGUCUUAUAUCAGCACCGCUGCCCUCCUGGCAGUCCUGCUCGGUGGCGCCCAAGCUGCCGAUAUUUACGUCUCUCCUACUGGUACCGGCACUGGCUCCAUCACCGCACCUUACGGUUCCAUCCAGUCGGCCGUCAACGCCGCGAAGGCUGGAGACACCAUCCACCUCCGUGCCGGCACUUACUCGCCGACCUCCAACAUUCAGAUCACCAAGAGCGGCACUGUCACCUCCCCCAUCACUCUUCGGUCGUACCAGGAGGAGAAGGUGAUUCUGGACGGUGAAGGGUUGCCAGGCACUCCGUACGGACUCGACGAGUCUCUUCCCAACAAGGAGAGAGGCAUCCUUCACAUCGAGAAGGGCAACUACUGGAAGUUCUACAACUUGGAGCUGAUCAACGGCCCUUACGGAGUCUACUCCCGUGAUUCGUCCCACAACUACUACGAGAAACUCUCGACUCAUGACAACUACGAGACCGGCUUCCAACUGCAAGGUGCCGCCUCGAACAACACCGUCAUCUAUCUCGACUCCUACCGCAACCGCGACCCGCGCAAGAACGGCGAGUCGGCCGACGGUUUCGCGUGCAAGGAAGGCUCGGGCGAGGGCAAUGUGCUGCGCAAUGCGCGCCUGUGGGACAACGUCGACGACGGACUGGACCUGUGGCUGUUUGAGUCGCCGGUGACGAUCGAGGAGGUGUACUCGUGGGGCAACGGCUACGACCGGUGGGGCUUCGACGACUUCCAGGGCGACGGCAACGGCUUCAAGCUCGGCGGCAGCGGCGACGAGAGCACCAUUGUGCCCGCCGGCCACAUUGUCCGCAACAGCAUCGCCUUCGCCAACAUGAAGAAGGGCUUCAUCGACAACGGCAACCCCGGCGCCAUGACCAUCGAGCGCAACACCGCCUGGAACAACGGCGAUACCGGCUUCGUCUUCAGGAGCUCCCCGAGCACCCUGUCCAAGAACAUCGCUGCGUUGAACGCCGGCAGCGCGGGCCAGGCCACCGUGAACAGCGACGCCAAGGCGAGCGGCAACUCGUGGAACAUUGGCGGCACUUGGUCGAACAGCACCUUCAAGAGCGUGGAUGCGUCGACGCUGAAGGGCGCGAGAGACUCAACCGGCAGGGUCAAGGCGAGCGACUUCUUGCUGCCGACGUCUGGUAAUGCCAUUGGGGCUACGACGCGGGAGGAUGUUUGA